CUCUAAAAAAAUGACUGGAACCGAUUGUAAAUCACGAAGAGUUAAUGAUUUGUCAUUGACCAAUACUAGGACAAUCCCAUCCGUUUCAACAGGAACAAUGUCUGAUAUAAGACAUCCUAGUAUGAAAAAUAGUCUUUCUUUACCAAGAUCAAUGGAUCAGUUGACAAAUCGUUUGAAUUCACGUUCUUCAACUCCUGGAAAUGAACCGAUGAACAAAUACGAUCAUAUGUGUUGUCCACCUUGGUCAAAAACUGAUCAAAGGACUUACUCAACAGAUUCUUCCCAUUCUUAUAAAUUACAACCUAGUCCAUAUGAUCAUACAGUUGAAUUAGCCGAUUCAAGACUGGCUAUACUACACGAUGCAAAAUUAGCAUCUUUAAGUGUAGAUUGGCCUUCUUGUACAAUGACUCAAAAUAUACCUAUGAGUAAAGCAAAUCGAAUUAGAUCUUCAAGUUCUUUCUCGUCACCAGUAUGCUUGGUAUCGACUUCUUUUUCCAAUAUAACUUCUGAAUCUUCAUUUUCUACAAACCAAUCACAUACCAAAGCAGCAACAACCAGUUCAUCCUCGUCAUUAUCAUCUGUUUCAUUUGUUACUUCUGAAUCUCUUGUUAGAAGUCCAACUUCCGGUCAUUGUAGUCCUAAUAUUCCUGUGAAUUUCAAUCCGAAAGGACCCACCCUACAGACUGAAUCGCCCAUUUCAUCUUGUCAGACAAUCAAAUCUUCAUCUCCAAAUGCCGGAAUAACUAGAAUUCUCAACUCUAGCCAGUCACAAUUCUCAGCGCUCUCUGGAGGAAAAUCUCCAACUAUUUAUUCUUUAUGUGGACAAUUUUUAUCUACGAAUACAAAUUCAACUAAUCAUAAUGAUACCAUUGAAUUGUCUAAUAACGUAGAAAGUAAUCGAAUUAGUAACUGCCUAGGAAAGCGAUCUAUGCUACCUGAACAAUAUAAACAACAUCCCUUAGUAGGUACACCAAGUGUAAUGCCAACUUUGUUGCCUCAACCUAAACAAGAGUAUACACGAACAAAGUUUUCUGUUGUUACUAAUAUAUCAGAUCAUCGAUCGCAAAACACUUCAAUGCCACUGAAAAAACGACUUAUUCAACGUUAUGAAGCUGAUCGUGUAGAUAUGAAACCAUCGGAGUUAUCAACAUGUAACCUUGUUAAGACUGAACUACCUAUGGAUAAUUCUCAACCUCAUAAUAGAUCAACUAAUGCAGAUGAUUUAAAAAACAAUCAAUAUUCGCCUGAAAGCCGGAUCGCAAUGAAAGAUAAUAUAGAAAAAUUAGAUUGUCAAGAGAGAAAAUUUAAACGAAAAAAACGUACUAAAUAUGAAACAGAUGGAAUGUUAAGCCUAAACACAAACAAAAAUAAGCCAACUAAAAUCCGUACAAAAUCUUCAUUAAGUUCUUUAAGAAAAUCUAAUUCAAAAAGUACACGUCGAUUAAAACAUUCAUUGAAUGAUGAUGUAGAAUCAAAAUUGAGUAUGAAUGAACAAUUGUCAACGAUGAAAUUAGAAUUCGAUGAUAUCACUAAUGACGAUGAAGAUGAUGAUGUUAUUGUUAAUGAUAAUAAUGAUGAAGAAGUAAGAGAAGAGCAAGAGGAGAACAAUGAUGAUGAUAAUGAGGUUGAUGAUGAAAGAAUUAAACCGACAAUUAGAAGACGACGUUCAAGGAAGCAUAGCUCAAGUGCAAAUAGUACAUCAAGUUUAUCACAUACAUCAUUAUGUAGUGAUUUAAUUAGAGGUAAUGUAAAAAAACGUAUAGCUGCUGUUAAUGGUAAUCUUAUGAUGAUGGUUACGGCACACGCUCAAAGAAGCACUAGUUCAGGUAGUAAUAACAGUAAUAGUAGUAGUUCUUCUAGUUUACAAAGUGUUGACGGUGAAGUCAGUGAUGAUGAUAAUGAUGUAUGUUUGAAUUCUUCAUCAAACUCAUCUGUUAAUACUACGCCUUCAAAGUGUUCCACUGAUCGUCACUUAUCUUAUUCAAGACUACAAUCAUAUAAAUCUACUUUAAAAUAUUUAACAAUAAAUUCUAAUACCAUCACUAAUAAUAAUAGCCAAUCAUUAAAUUCAAGUGAUGGAUCACCUGGUAUUACACAUUCAUCCAUGGAUAGUGCACAGAGUGUCUAUGGUGUUGGUAAUGGUGAUAAUUUAAGAAAACCGAAAAGAACAGCUACUUUAACUGUAUCAUCUGGUAGUACAACUGGACCGACAAUUAUAACAGCAAAAAAGCCUCGUCUGUCAUCUGCAUCAUCGUUAACAACCACGAAGACAACGAUAAUGACAACGACAGGAAAACCAAUAAAAACGUCAUCGAAACAACAUCGACGUGGUGAUAACGGCAAGUCAAGAACUACCAUUCAUAAAGAGGACGGUAAUGAUUCAACAGUAUGUAUGAAAUUUAAGACAGAUUUAUUAGAUCAAGAUGGUUGUACAUUGAUGUAUGAAAAUUCUACGCCAGAUGAAUUGUCAGCUGCUUUAGCUGAAGAAAAUUUGCAAGUUGAAGAACUGGUUGAACAACUUCCUGGGCCACCUGAUUUGAAUCGAACAGCCAAUAAAUCACUACACUCUUCACAUUCAUUAAAUUUUUAUAAGCGAAGUCAACGUGUUUUUGUUCAACUUAUAAAUUGUAAUGAUCCAGGAUUGAAACAAGUUCCGAAAUGUCGUGCUUGUCGUCAAACUAAAUUUUCCUACCAUAAUUCACCUUUAAUUCAUACAAACGGACAAAUCGAUUCAGAUGAUGAUGAUGAUGAUGUUGAUGAAGAGAAUCCGAAACUUAUAAUCAGUGAUGUCCCUAGUCCAACCAAUAAUCAAAAUUUUUCGAAUGGAUUGACUAAAGAUAUUCAAUUUAAAAAACCACCUGGUCGAAGAACUACUCUGGCUAAAAAUACCCGUAAAGAAAGUACCACUGAUAAAUCGAAAAAUAAACGAAACGCUACACAUCCAUCAAUGUCAGUAUUCUGUCGUUUUUGGGGAUUUAGAAAAUUAUGUUAUAAUCAUAGAGGUGUAUUGAAAAUAGCUGAUUUUUGUCGAUCCACUGAAUCCGAUGCUUUAGAACGUUCAUUAUGGGAAAUGUAUCAUCCAGUCUCACCAUUUUUAAGCACAUGCGCUGCUAAAUACAUUUUGGAAUGUGCUGGUGGCUUAUUCUGUCGUCUUCUUCAUCAAGAAUUAACAAGUUUGAAUAAUAACCAUGCUCAUCAAAGUCAAAAUGAAAAAAUCAACUCAUUAACUGGUAAAAACAGAAUUAGUGGUCAUACAAUGGAAUCAAAUAACAAAAAUGAUGGCAUUAUUAAUUCAGUUGCAUGGAAAAGGCCAGUAAAAGGUGUACGUGAAAUGUGUGAUGUCUGUGAAACAACAAUGUUCAAUACACACUGGGUUUGUGGUAAAUGUGGUUAUUCAGUGUGUACAGAUUGUUUGAACGAAUCGAAACCAUUCAAUUCUGUAAGUGACAGCAAUUCGGAUACACGUGAUCAUGUGAAAUUCAAUGAAAAUAGUACAGUGGAAAAAAAAGGCAAAUUAAAAUACUUAAGAGGUCGUGGUUGCCCAUAUGGUUGGGCAUCGUGUACUACUACACGUCAACCUCAUGAUCCAAACAAGCUGUUAUUGACUUCUCUGUUACCGUCUGGUAUUAUUGGUCGAUUACUUCAUCGAUUGCAUCGCAUAGCGAACUAUUAUAAAAUUAAUUUAGGCUGUAAUUGCUCUCCUUCCUCAACAGUGGGUAAUGAUGCAACAGAUUCAUCAAAUGAUACAUUAUUAUUCAUGAAACCAAUGAAAUCAUUGAAUAAUCGCGAAUGUUUAGAUCGUAAUUCUCUUGAUUUACUAGCUGAUAUUGCUUUGAAAACUGAUAUGGGUAACACUGGACCACUUACUGCUGGUAAUAGUAAUAACAGUAGUAACGGUACUGUAGAUAAUGUUGUUGUGGAAACAGAAUUUAAUGCUUCACGUAAUAAUCCUUCUUCUAUAACAACAGAUAAUGGGAUCAGUUUAUCAGACAAUAACAAUAAUAACGAACGUAUGAUGAUAAUGAUGGAUUUUCCAUCUCAUAGUUGGAUUCAUUCCAAACGAAGGCAUAUUAAUCAAAGGUCAUGUUGUCAAAAAAUGAAUGAUUCAGCUAACAUCACUAAUACAUGUACUAUCACUGUUAAACAUAAAACGAAGCAUAAUGAUAAUCAUAGAUUUGAUUUUCACAGAGAAUCAAAUUUGAAAAUUUAUCAACCUUCAGAAAUAAUCAAUCGUCAUCAUCAUCACAAUCCCGUUUUCUUACGUUUACAUUGUCCUGAUUCCAUUGGAAAUUUAUUGGCGUUCCAAUCCGAAUGGAGACGUAAUCAUCCGCUUGUUAUAUCUGGAUGUCAACGUAAAUUUACCCAAGAAUUAUGGACUCCACAAAGUUUUUCAAAUGAUUUUGGUGAUAUGAAAACUACAUUAAUUGAUUGUGCCACGGGUGCUGAAAUAACACGUUAUACGUUAAAGUCAUUUUGGGAUGGUUUCGAAAAACGUGAACGUCGAAUCACUAGUAAAGAUGGCCGUCCACUUUGUUUAAAGCUGAAAGAUUGGCCAACUACAGAUGAUUUUGCUGAAUUACAACCGAAACGUUUCAAUGAUCUAAUGUUAAAUCUACCAAUGCCAAAUUAUACACAACGUGAUGGACAAUUGAAUUUAGCUGCUAGAUUAUCAUCAUUUUUCGUAUGUCCCGAUCUAGGUCCAAAAUUAUAUGUGGCUUAUGGAACAGUCGGUUCUUGUUCUAUUAGUACAACAAAUUUGCACGUAGAUAUAGCUGAUGCCGUAAAUGUUAUGUUGUAUGUGGGACAACCGACAGAUUCAUUGAAUGAAAUGUUAACUAAUGCUGAAUCAAUUGUGAACACAUUAACAAGUGCACAUAUUGAUGAUAAUUAUUUAGAAAGAGUUUUAAAUUGGUUGAAUAAAAUUAAAUCACACCAAACUGAUGCACAUGCUAAUGACAGUAAUAAUAAUACUAACAGUAACAAUAUUACUACUACUACUACUGCUACUACUACUACUUCUCCCACUACUUUUAUUUCUACUACUCAUGAAACUAACUCUGAAGAUAUCCCAGGAGCAUUGUGGCAUAUAUUUCUACCGGAAGAUUCAAAUGGUUUAAGAGAAUUUUUAUCAAGAGUAAGUGAAAGUGAAACUGGUACACCAGUGGAAUCAGGCAGUGAUCCAAUACAUGAUCAAUUAUUUUACAUGGAUCAAUCAUUAUUAGAUCGUUUAUAUGAUUGUAUGGGCAUUCAACCAUGUACGAUUGUACAAUUUCAUGGUGAUGCUGUAUUCAUUCCAGCUGGUGCUGCUCAUCAGGUGCGAAAUUUAAAUAGUUGUAUCAAAGCGGCUGUAGAUUUUGUCUCACCGGAACAUUUACCUCAAUGUUUUCAAUUAAUGGAAGAAUUUCGUCAGCUAUCACCGACACAUCAAAAUCACGAAGAUAAAUUGCAAAUUAAAAAUAUGUUAUUCCAUGGAAUAAAAGAUGCUUUAUCUGUCCUAUUGACAAGUAAUAAUAAUAAUAAUAAUAAUAAUAAUAAUAAUAAUAAUAACAAUAAUAAUAAUAACAAUAAUAACAGUGAUAAUAAUAACAGCAACAAUAAUCAAAGUUUGGUCAACCUUAAAUCAGAAUUGAAUUCAGAGUUGAGAUCUCAUGCACACGAUAGACCAUUUUCAUCAACAUCGUCUACAUCAGCGAUUAUACUUCAUAAUGAUAAUCGAAAUGUGUCAAAUAAUUCAAUCGUAAAAUCAGAUUCAAGAUCAGAGUCUUCACUUCAUUAUAAUUUACAAAAUUAUCAUGUCACAAAUUCUGUAAAGUCAAUGAAUACAAACAGAGGUGGUCGAACUAGAGGUAGACCUGGGCGACCAAAAGCAAUUGGUUUAACUAAUCAUGAAAAUAUUAACCUAUCAUCUAGUUCCCCACCGCCAUCGUCGUCGAUCCCAUCGUCGAAUCCGAUGUUGAAUUCGAAUACAUUUCCGGUUGUACCUGUCCUUAGUGUAAAUACUGUUGUUCCCGGUAGUGGUGAUUAUAUCAGCGAUAAUGAUUCAACGAAUAAUUCUGGUAAAUUUCCAAAUUCGUUUAAAAUUUCUUCUAGAGAUUCACUUUCUGCGAUAUCUUCAUCAUCAUUAAUGUUCUCUUCAGAUAUAAUUAAAGAUGUUAAACCGAAUCUUAUUAUUACUACUGUUGCUACUAGUAGUACUAGUAUUAGCAAUACUACUACUACUAUUGUUGAUUGUGAUAGAAUUCCUACGACUAUGGUUACUAAUGUUACUUCCUCUUCAUCAUUGUUGUCUACUUCUGCUUCUGGUCUGUCUGUGAAUUUAGAUGCCCCACAACUUAUUUCCUCUGCCUCUUUUCCUUGUUCAUCUUUUUCAUUGUCAUCAACAUCAUCCUCCACAUCGUUUUCGUCCUCUUCUUCCUCCUCCACCUCUUCAUUCGUAUCUUCUACCUCGUCUUCAUUAUCUUCAGCAUGUACUGCACAAAAGCAACAUGUUUUAUACUAA